AUGGCCGAACAGCACCGUGUGCGGGCGCGGGAGCUGAAGGAAGAAACCGUGGCUUUCCAGAAAGAUGAUCUGGAACAGCCUUCAGAACCUCCAAGGCAAGAUCUCCCGCGCUUGGCGACCCUAGCGCCCUUGCCUGUGGCUGCGGCGGCGGCCGUGGAGGAGGAGUCGGAGAGGCGCCAAGCGGCAGCGGAGCUCUAUGCACAGGCACGGCUGCACCGGGAUUUGGAGAUGGCUGUGGCUGAGGCCCGACAGAAGCUGCAGCGCAGGCAGACGGCCAACCAGCAUCGAGCCGAGGCGGAGGUGGCGCGGUGCGAGAACGAGGAGCUUCAAGCAUCCUUGGAACGUCUGAAGCCUGAAGGGCCGCCGCCUGGGCACCUGGCCUUCGCCUUGCGGGAGGCUUUGGGCUGCUGGGCCAAGCGCCGGCGGCUCUGCGAGCAGGUCCUGGACGGAAUGGCACGUACCGGGUUGGCCCAUGCCGCCGAAGAAGCGGGCAUUGUCACCGAUGAGUCCUGUGGGCAGCACCUGCCGCAAGGCCGCUUAGAUCCUGUUCUGGGCCGAGUUCCAUUGCUGCUGGAGGAACAAGCACUGGAUGGCAUUGACAAUGCCUGGUGA